UGUUGCCAUUUAUUUACUUGACUCUGGUGAUAAUGGUCACCCGGUUGUUUCUGAUAAACCUCACCAUUCCACCGAACAUCUUAUCGAAGUUAAGGGUUCAAAGUCAGAAUAUCGCGGGUACAAUGUCAUUCCCAUGAGACACGAUGGAGGCGAGAUUGCUAUGACACCUUGCACACGUACUUCCUUUUUACUGUAAUUGUAUAAUUAGAAGUUGUGAAAAGUUUACAAAACUAAUUAAACCUUACAAAACAAGCACUACAACGGCUGAAAAUCAUCUAUAGCUGAUUGACUCCAGAGACAUUACUUGUGAAUAAAAUCAUGAAGUGUUCAUACUGCGACAAAAUGUAUUCACGCCAUUCACGCAAUUUGGCGAUGAAUGAGCGGCUGUGCCUAGGCCUCGUUCCAGUCCUCCUUGAUCAUGUGCGCGGCCUUCUCGCCGAUCAUGAUGGCGGCGGCGUUGGGCGCUGUGCCCACGACGGUGGGCAUGACGGAGGCGUCGGCCACGCGCAGCCCCUUGACCCUGCGCACCCGCAGGCGCGCGUCCACCACGCUGCCCGGGUCGUGGGCCGGCGCCAUCUUGCAGCGGAAUGCCGAACCUGUCGAGUUGCUCCUUGGGCCCGACGCCCGACAGCAUGAGCAGCUGCGGGGAGUUGACGGCGCCGGCGCUCACGACGACCUCCCUGCGCGCCGCCACCUCGCGCGCGCCGGCCUCGCCCGCCCGCCGGAAGCGCACCGCCGCGGCGCGCCGCACGCCCCCCUCCGCCGCCACCACCACGCGGUGCGCCAGCGCCUGCUUCACCACGUGCAGGUUGGCGCGCCCCCGCGCGGGGCUCAGAGGGUGGUGGCGAGCUCGGGCACGGCGCAGCGCCAGAAGGCGCGCGAGCCGAAGGCGUGGGAGCGGCACGGGGCGGGCACGAGGGGCUCCAGGCGCGCGUUGAGGGCGCCCAGCGCCUCGGUGGACGCCAGCCGCGCCGUGGCCUGCGACCAAACGCACGAGGUCGUCGCGGUCGCGGUCGUCGUGGAAGUAGCCGGAGAAGAUCUUGGGCGGCGCGCGCGGGUUUGCGCUGCGCAGGCGCACGCGGCCUCUGCUGCGUGGGCGCAGCAGGAUGGGCGUGGCCAUGACGAACUCGCGCCUGCGGCUGAGCGCGCGCAGCUGCUCGGCCACCUCCGCGUGCAGCCCCAGGUCGCGCUCCAGCAGCGCCACGGCGGCGGCGGCGGUGGCGCGCGGGAAGUGGAAGUAGUGCACCUGGCCCUGGUUUACCUGCACCUCGCGGUCGUGGUCGUCGCCGUCCCUGCGGAAGCGCACGGCGCGCGCGCGGCGCGUGGCGGGGUCGACGAACAGGCGCGUGGCGAGCGAGCGCUUGGCCACGUGCAGGUUGCGGCGCGCGCGCGCGGCGCCCAGGAAGGCCUUGGCGGCGUUGCAGCGCUCGCCGCGCGCCAGCGUGCCGUGGAUGGCGCCCGUGCCGAACGCCUCGGCGCCGUUAAAGUCGCGCAGCCGCCGGUAGCCCAGCUCGGCGCCCGCCUCCACCAGCAGCCCGCCUGCGGACGCCGCACAUUCAGCACAACGCGAGGCCGACACAAGCGACAAGCAACCGUGCUCGCGGCGCGCGACCCUUCGUUAAAUGUUCAAGGUGAUGACUCGUACAAACCAAGGCGUGUUGUGGCAACUGAAAUAGGUAUUAUUACUAGCACUAUCGCGUUUCUGCUCACCUUGCCGCGCGGCCAGUUGCACCGCUGGUCUUUCAGACUGCGGCAGCUCUUGGGGUCCGGCUCCGUGCGGUACUGCCAGUCCACGUCGGUGUUCUGGAGCGCGAGGAAGAGGGGCGGCACGUCCGAGUCUGGGGGCGGGUCGCCCCCGGCCUCAAGCAGCAGCACCGACCAGUCGGGGUUCUCGGAGAGGCGCGCCGCCACGGCGGAGCCCGCAGACCCCGCGCCCACCACCACGAAGUCGUAG